GAAGAAGAAGCACUACCUCUCUCUCCCCCCCCCUUUUCCAAUAAAUUAGGGUUUUUUUUUUAAAUCGGAUUCACGACAAGCAGAACCAUUUUCUUCCGACAACAGUCCAGAUUUGUCUCUCCCAGUUUCGAAACAUUUAUGGAGUUGGAGAGGUGUUUAAGCUUUGAUUUGGAGAGUUUUCAGACAUAGAGAUAGCUAAGUUAUUGUGUGCUCGAGGGGUGUUAAGCUUAAGAUGGGUUCGCUCUGUUGUGUGGCUGCAAAGUCAGACAGAUCAAACUCUGCAAGUCAUGACUUUUCGUUUGGCCCUCAUGAGCCUUACUGGAGGACUAACUCAAGUUUCUCUCCACCUUCAUCGAGAUGGGAUCUCCGUGGCUUAAACGAUGGUGUAAGCUUCUAUGGAUCUUCCACAUCAUCAAACGCUAAUGUUCUUCGUAGUCCUGACCUUUCAGAGACUCUUCAUUGGACACCCAGUGACUUUGAAUCUGCAACGCGAAGAGAUCAAACUCCUAAGCGAUUUUUCCUGUCUAAGCCGGUUCAUCCUAUACAUCAUCCAUCUGAUAACGCUAGAGAAACAACAUCAGACUCUGCAGAUGCCUGCAGCUGGAGCAGCGGGACACCACCAAGCAGCAUUGAUUCCACGGAUGUUCCCGAGCCACUUCUUGAUUGGGACAAUAACUCUACUACCAAAGCACAACGAGUGGCUUCAAGUACAUAUAAAUGUGGAUUGUGUCACAGAUACAUCUCCCAGAAGUCUCCUUGGGGGUCUAGGUCCAUGCCUGUCACAGGAGUGCUUCCAUGUCAACACGUCUUUCACGCUGAAUGUCUUGACCAAUCAACUCCAAAGUCUCACGGUAAUGACCCACCUUGUCCAAUAUGCACCAAGCAGGAAGGAGGAGAACACUCCAAAUCACUCAGCAUUGUCCAGAGGCUUAAAACGCUUAGUGAAGAGGGGACAUCUACAAGACAAUGGGUCUGUGCUCAGGUUGGUGACUGUGUUGAAACUGCUGUUAAUGUUCCGCCGAGACCGAGAAACACCAUGAUAAUGAUGAACAAGAAUAGAAUAAGGAAAAGCCUUUCAUUGAGAGGAAACUCAAGCAAAGAUUCUCCAAGAAAAAUCAAGAAAAGUAACUCAUUUGCCAUGGAAAAUCAAGUGCCUCUUGAGCAUUCUAGAGGGAAAGAGAGAGCUUAUUGGUAGCUGGAAACAGGAUGCAAAGAUAUCAAAGGUGGGUUCUCUGACUUAAAACGCUUUAACUUUUGACAAGACUGUUCUUGGAAGAUCAUUAAAGGACUGUAAAGUAUUUCAUAUGUGUAAGCAUAUUUGUUUAGAGCUUUGAUUGUUAUCUAUCCUGUAAUCAGCUAAGCUCAGUAAAGUGGUUUGUUAUUUCAUGAACGUGAUUAAACGGUUAGGUUCUUUCAAUAUAUAUUUCUCUAAACACAUGACUUGAAUGUGUCUACAUCGUUGUUGGUAGAGUCCAC